GAUACCAAGGGACAUAAUGCACCUUGUGCCCACAACACUACUCCAUAGCUUGGAAGGAAUGACAGGCUUAGAAUGGGAAAAGCUACUCAAAUUGCAGUGUCAAGAUGGAUCAUUCUUGUUCUCUCCAUCCUCAACUGCCUUUGCACUCAUGCAGACAAAAGAUGAUAAUUGCUUGAGAUAUCUAAGUAGAGCUGUCGAAAGAUUCAAUGGGGGAGUUCCCAAUGUGUACCCGGUGGACUUAUUUGAGCACAUUUGGGCUGUUGAUCGGCUUGAACGCCUUGGAAUCGCCCGGUAUUUUCAGUCUGAGAUUAAAGAAUGUGUUGAUUAUGUCUACAGAUAUUGGACCGAAGAAGGAAUCUGCUGGGCAAGAAAUUCCCCGGUUCAUGACAUUGAUGACACCGCCAUGGCUUUUAGGCUUUUAAGAUUGCACGGCCACCAUGUUUCUGCCGAUGUGUUUGGACAUUUUAAGAAGGGUGGAGAGUUCUUCUGCUUCGCGGGGCAGUCGAAUCAGGCAGUAACUGGAAUGUUUAAUCUGUAUAGGGCUUCUCAGGUUUUGUUUCCAGGAGAAAAGAUUCUUGACGAUGCCAAGAAAUUCUCAGCCAAAUUCCUGAGAGAGAAACAAGCUAUUAAUGAACUCCUAGAUAAAUGGAUAAUUACCAAGGAUUUACCUGGUGAGGUAGGAUAUGCACUUGACAUGCCAUGGUAUGCCAGCUUGGCUCGUGUGGAGACAAGGUUUUACUUGGAGCAAUAUGGAGGGGAAGACGAUGUUUGGAUAGGAAAAACCUUAUACAGGAUGCCUUAUGUUAACAAUAACAUCUAUCUGGAGCUUGCAAAAUUGGACUACAACAACUGCCAAGCAUUGCAUCUGCUGGAAUGGGACUCCAUUCAAAAAUGGUAUACAGAAUGCAACCUAGGAGAGUUUGGGAUGAACCAAAGAAACCUACUUUUGGCAUAUUAUUUGGCGGCGGCGAGUAUUUAUGAACCGGAGAGGUCAAAAGAGAGGGCAGCAUGGGCUAAAACAGCAACCUUGGUGGAGACGAUUGUGUCCUAUUUUGAAGAGGAGGGAAGUUCUGUUGAACAGAGGAGAGCCUUCCUUAAUGAAUUCAAAAACAGUGGUGGUCAUCAUCAACUAGACUAUGUGAAUAAUGGAAGUAACAGUAAAGUAACAAGAGAAGGGAAAGGACAGAAACUGAUUCGAACACUGCACGAAACCUUAAACCAGCUCUCUUUGGAUGCAGUAGUGGCGCACGGCCGAGACAUCCGCCACCACUUGCAUCACAUUUGGGAAAUGUGGAUGAUGACGUGGCAAGAAGAAGGAAAGCGAUACAAAGAAGAAGCAGUACUCCUAGUGCGCAUGAUAAAUUUGUGCGCCGGCCGAUGGGCACCUGAGGAGUUACUGCUAUUGUCACAAUAUCCUCAGUAUAGGCGUCUCUCCGAUCUCACCAACAAUGUCUGUCACCAAAUUCGCAUGUUCCAACAACGGCCACAUCGUAACAAGGGUGGUGAUGAGAAAAAGGACAAGAGCAAGACAAACAGUGAGGAGAUAGAGGCGGCAAUGCAAGCAUUGGUGCAAAUGGUGGUGUGUCAUGACACAUCAGAUGGGAUUGACCCAGAUGUCAAGCAGACCUUUCUUACAGUUGCAAAAACUUACUAUUAUACCUUGCACCGUAACGCUGGGGCUAUUUAUUUUCACAUUGCCAAAGUACUCUUUGAGAGAGUUGUUUAAUUCUUUUCUUGCCCAAUUUACUUUCUUUCUUGCUAGCUACUAUAUAUAUAUAUAUAUAUAUUUAUAUUUGCAUAUUCCUGUUCAUUAUUAGC